AUGGAUACCGCAAUUGAUCUUUCGGAUGCUUCGAAGGCACUCGAUCUGGCAAAUAUACGCUUUCAAUUGAUUCGCCUAGAGGACACCAUAACGUUCCAUCUCAUAGAACGUGUUCAGUUUCCUUUAAGUCCAACCAUCUACCAGCCGGGCGGGGUCAAGAUCCCCGGUAGUCCUCUCAGCUUGUUUGACUGGAUGCUCAGAGAACAAGAGCGCUUGCAGUCACUCAUCCGCCGCUAUGAAUCUCCGGACGAGUACCCUUUCUUCCCUGAUGCAACUCAAACACCCAUUCUGCAGCCCUUAGAUUACCCUAGGAUUUUGCAUCCCAACAAUGUUGAUGUCAAUCAGACCAUCAAGAAGAAGUACAUUGAGGUGGUUCUGCCCAGAGUGUGUAGAGAAUUUGGGAGAGAAGACCGCGGCGAGAAGCAAGAGAACUAUGGAUCUGCUGCGACAUGUGAUGUGGCAUGUCUGCAAGCCUUGUCGCGGAGGAUUCACUUUGGGAAGUUCGUAGCCGAAUCGAAAUUCCAACAGGAAACGGAGAGAUUUGUAAAGUUGAUACAUGAAGAGGACCGUGAGGGAAUUGAUGCAGCUAUCACUAAUGCCAAGGUCGAGAAGAAAGUGUUGGAACGACUCGGGCUGAAGGCGAGGACAUAUGGGACAGAUCCAAGUAUAGGUGCUGAGGGUGGGGGGAAAAUCAAUGUGGAUGCCGUGGUUGCGAUGUACGAGGAAACCGUGAUACCAUUGACUAAGGUAGUGGAGGUGGAAUACCUUAUGCAGCGGCUCAAAGGAACAGAAUGGGAGUAG